AGUAAACUUCACUUGGUCUAUAGAUAGUAUCCCCUCCUUGGCUCCUCUCAACUUAACUGCCCCAGCUAUCUCCGCUCUCUCCACCUCUUCACGUUUUAAGAAUUGCCAUCUCAAAACCUCUUCUCUCUCUCAUCACUUCCUAACGCUAUCCAUUAACCCAUGCCUUUACUGGAGAAAAUGGAUAUGAAUUUAUCCAAGAUAGAGGAAGCUACGCAGCAUUUCAAAAACCUUGAUCCUACUCCAACGCAGAACGACGUCGUUACCCCGGUUGAUGAGGAUUACACACCAGCAAAAGAAGAUAUUAUUUCCGACGAAAAUGGUAAUGAAAAUGGAAAGUCCAAUGAUUCUGUUUCUAUAGACGUUUCAAAAGGUCAUGUGACAGUGAUUUCAAAUCCCGUUAAUACUCUAACAGAAAAUAUUUUGAAUUCCGCUAAUCACGCAGCGCACGGAGGACCGCAAGACAUAAAUUCAGCUGUCUCUUACGACGAAAACGAUUCAGUUAAAGAAAACGGCAACGUAUUAAGUGUAAUCCAGCCACAUAACUUGCUGCCGCAGCCGGAGGCACCACCUGGAAUAGCGGUUAUCGUCUCUCCACGUGACCUGAAUCGUUCUAAGUCCAUGCCGGAGAACUUCGACAUGCCGGCGAUCGGCAAAUUCUUCCGCGAGAAGAGCAACAGCUUAUCCUCGGCAAUCACGAAGCGGUUGUCGUCGAUGAGGGAAUCCCUCGACGACGAGAAAGUACCGAAAUCGGAAUCGCCCGUGACGGAGUUCAAUCUCUCCGGACUAAAAGUGAUCGUGAACUUAAAACCUCCGGCAGAACAACAACAACAACAAGGGAAGACGAAGCUGUUAGGAAGAGUGAGUUUCUUCUCGAGAUCCAAUUGCAGGGACUGCACCGCCGUAAGGUCGUUUCUGCGCAAGGAAAAUCUCAACUACGUGGAAAUUAACGUCGACGUGUAUCGUGAGAGAGAAAAGGAAUUAAUCGAAAGGACCGGAAGUGCAACGGUGCCGCAGAUAUUUCUGAACGAGAAGUUGUUAGGUGGAUUGGUGGCGUUGAAUUCGCUACGGAAUAGCGGGAUGUUGGAGAAGAAGUUGGAGGACAUGUUGGCCGGAAAAUGCCCGGAGGAUGCACCGGCGCCACCGGUUUACGGGUUCGACGAUCAUGAGGAAGAGGAGCGGAACGACGAGAUGGUAGAGAUAGUGAGAAUAUUGAGGCAAAGGCUUCCAAUACAGGACAGAAUCAUGAGGUUGAAAUUAGUAAAGAACUGCUUCUCCGGUGGCGAGCUUGUGGAGGUUCUGAUCCACCACUUGGACUGCGGCAGAAGAAAGGCUGUGGAAAUUGGGAAGAAACUGUCGAGAAGGCAUUUUAUUCACCACGUCUUCGGAGAAAAUGAAUUUGAAGAUGGAAGUCACUUCUAUAGAUUCCUUGAACAUGAGCCUUUCAUUCCCAAAAGCUAUAAUUUUCGAGGAUCCACAAAUGACAAUGAACCCAAGGACGCUGCUGUGCUAGGCCAAAGGCUUGGCAAAGUAAUGUCGGCCUUACUUGAGUCUUAUGCCUUUGAUGAUCGGCAUCAUCUUGAUUAUGUAGGCAUCAGCAACAGCGAAGAAUUUCGGAGAUAUAUAAAUUUGGUUCAGGAUCUCCACAGGGUGAACAUCCUAACACUUACAGCAGAUGAGAAGCUAGCCUUCUUUCUGAACUUGCAUAAUGCGAUGGCCAUUCAUGCUGUGAUCAGGGUUGGUCAUCCUGGGGGCAUGAUUGAUAGGAGAGCGUUUUUCUCUGAGUUCCAGUACAUAGUAGGUGGUUUUUCCUAUUCCCUAUCAGGGCUAAAAGAUGGCAUACUUAGAAGCAACCGAAGGGCUCCUUUUUCGCUGAUGAGACCCUUCCCUAGUGGAGACGAGCGUCUGGAGAUGGCUUUUUCAAAAGUUAAUCCGUUAAUCCAUUUUGGACUGUGCAAUGCAACAAGAUCAAGUCCAGCAGUAAAAUUCUUCGCACCUCAAAGUGUGGAGUCUGAACUAAGAUAUGCUGCAAGAGAGUAUUUCCAGAGGGAUGAUGGAAUGCAAGUGGAUUUGGCCAAAAGAACUGUCUACCUUAACCGAAUGAUCAAGUGGUACAGUGCUGAUUUUGGACAGGAAAAGGAAAUUCUAAAGUGGAUUACAGGUUAUCUAGAUGCAACUAAAGCAGGUCUUUUGACACAUCUUAUGGGUGAUGGUGGCCCUGUUAAUGUUGUUUAUCAGAGUUUUGAUUGGUCUCUAAAUGCUUGACCAAACUGGUUGUUGCUAUAGGGAGUUCGAGGGAGCACUUUAUUUCUUUUUAUUAUCAACCCCACUUCUUUGUUUUAGUAUUAAUCUCUCAAUAUCUAGCAAAAAUAGGGUAUUGUUGAUUGUCCCUCUUCGUAGGAUCAUAGUUUAAAAUUUGUGUAUAGCAGAAACUUGUUAAUGGAUUGAGAGGUUUGGACGGAGCGAAAAAGAGGACCUGUCUUAGUUC